UCCUUCUGAUUCAGGUGUGGGUUUUCUCUGAAGCUCAGUGGGCUCGCCAUGCUCUCGCUGAGGGGCGUCCUGCGCUCUCCCGCACCCUAACGGCAGCAGCUCCCGCACUCGCGGCCUCGCGCGCCAUGUAUCAGGGUUUAGCCAUGAGCGCGAGCCACCACCACGCCGCUCAGUCCUACGAGGCGAGCUUCCUGUCCUCCGCCGCGCCCGCCGCCACGUCGCCGGUGUACGUGCCGAGCCCGCGCGUGCCCGCCGUGCUCCCGGGGCUGCCCUACCUGCAGGCGCACGGGGCUCCUCAGCAUGCAGCCUCCUCCGCGCACUCAGCCUGGGCGCAGGAGCCCGUGCCUUCUUCCUCCUCCUCCUCCUACAGCACCGGCGGCUCGGUCAACUCGUCGCACGCGCCGCCCGUGUCCCCGCGCUUCGCCUUCCCCACCAGCCCGACGCUCGGCUCCGGGGUGGCUGGGGCGCGAGAGAGUCCCGCGGGCAUCCCAGGGAGCGGUGCUCGCGGCCUUGGGGCCUCCUACCACCCGAGUCCCUAUUCUGCAUACGUGAGUCCCGGCAUGGGUGGCACGUGGGCCGCGUCCCACUUCGACAGCUCCGUGCUGCACGGCCUGCAGUCCGGAGGCCAGAGCGCCGCCGCCAGACACCCGAACCUGGAGCUGUUUGAUGAUUUUGCUGAGGGUCGAGAGUGUGUAAACUGUGGGGCCAUGUCCACUCCCCUAUGGCGGCGAGAUGGGACUGGUCAUUACUUAUGUAAUGCUUGUGGUCUUUAUCACAAGAUGAACGGCAUCAACAGGCCACUGAUCAAACCACAGAGACGACUGUCUGCUUCCAGGAGAGUGGGUUUAUCAUGCACUAAUUGUCACACUACUACCACCACUCUGUGGAGACGAAACGCAGAGGGAGAGCCUGUCUGUAAUGCCUGCGGACUCUACAUGAAACUGCAUGGGGUUCCUCGCCCUCUUGCUAUGAAGAAAGAAGGGAUUCAGACUCGCAAGCGCAAACCCAAAAACCUCAACAAGUCCAAGCCUGGGACCCCUGGGACUGAAGGCCACACUCCCUCUGGUGCAGCCAGCACUAGUGGCACUACAGCAGAGCCCCGCGCCAUCAAGACUGAGCCAGAGACGCCUACUCUUUAUUCCCAUCAUAACAUACAUACUCAGGUCUCUGCUAUUCCAGCCUACAUGGGAAGCCAGUAUGGGGCAUCAUCCCUGAAACUCUCCCCAGGAGGCCAUGCAGGAGCACCCACCUCUAAGAGUGAGCCUUGGAACAGUCUGAUUCUUGCUUAGGCACCAAUGUGACAUCCUAUGGUCAGAUGCUGCACUUUCCGUGAGGACCAGCACAAGGCCUGAGACAUGUCAGACAUGGAGAGCAAAGAGGAACUGCCUGGCAACCAAUCCUCAAAACCAAGCAAACACAACCAUGAGACAGUGGAAGAUACUGUAAAAUGGAUCUCUGAAUUUAUCCUAUAAGAAGCAAGAGAACAGAGGAUUUCAAGGAUUCAAAUCAGAGUCACUAAACAAGCAACAGAACUGAUUAAUAUAAUAGAAAGAAAAUAAGAACUUGGCCUGUCAAGGCUAAAGAACCUUUGGACAAACAAUGAAGAUGACUGACACCAGAAACCAAAGACUGACAACAGGAACACAAAAUAUCUUGCAAAAUCUCACAGACUGAUGGAUUUACUCCUGUAAAGUGCCUUUAAUAUUUAUGACAAAUAUAGUGACAAAUAGACAAGCAAUAUAAGUUUUUACUGUUAGCUUUCUAGCAUUUGCCACCUUUUAAAUAAUGUUAUACUCUCAACUUUACAGGUAAAACAUGGCAAAGCGAUAACUUUGCAGGCUGGUAAUGAUUCUUAUUAGUGGCCUCUGACUUUAAUAUCCCUGAUGUUCUACUAAUGAUAACAAUUUGGGUGAUUACUUCUAGCUUUGCUUACUUCACACAAAUACUCUCCCAGUCCGAGGGUCACCUUUGCCAGAAAUAUGUUGCACAUUAAGAAGAAUCUGGCCCAUCUAGCAAGAGAAAAGCCUCUUAAAGAGGACAUUCAAGCACAGGCAAAGCACUCCUUAUAUGAACAAAGGUAGCCCACUCCUAACUGUUUGAAACAACAACAUAAGGAUAUAUUCUCUUAUAUUAUAUUAGCCAAUAUUGUUCCAGCAAAAAACUGUAACUUUGUACAGUGGUGUUCUUUAAUAUAUAGUACAUAACACACAAAAUCAGGCAAGAGGACCCAUGGUGUUCCCACAGUGGGAAUUUUAAAAUUACCCACAAAACUGGUCCAAAACUAGACCACUGUAACUAAAAUGAAACUAUAAGAGAACUCUAAAGAGGUCCAACACUUGCAUGGACCUUUUAACAUUCGCAUGAAAUAUCAUGAAUUUUGUAGAUGUCACUCAUGGUUACAUUUACAUAAGAUCAGUCUUGUCAGAAUGAAAUCAAAAUCAAGCCACUUCAUUCAUGAAAACCAAAGAUCUUUAUCAGAAAUCUUGAAAGCAAUGUUUAUAAUUAUGCACCAGAAAUUCUUCCCUUUCAGGUGACUGCAUUUAUUGAUUCCUUUCCUCUUAAUUUUGAGGAAAACAUUUACCCUUAAUAUUUAUUGACGUAAUACAGGGUCAAGUCAUUACUUUCUUGUGGCACAGGGUCCUAACUGUGGGUGAGGUCAGUGUAAAGGAGGGAUCUCCAUUAUACUUUAAACAGUGUUAGCAUUUUCCUCAUUUGUUUAUGAGGAAAACAUUCUGCUUGUGUAAUUUUCCAACAGUAUAUGAAUGUGUAUAAAUGUAUGUAGGCGAUGUAUAGACACCUAACUCCAUUAUAGUGCUUUACUGUGUAGUAGAAAGACACCAUGUGGAUGGAAAAAAGACCAUGGGGGCUUAAACAUGGGCUACAUUUUAGUGAACCAGUAAACCAAUAAAGAACCAUGUGACCACACUAAGUGCAAAGGACUAUCAUGAGCUGUGACAGUGACUAUCACAAGCAUUGAAGUAUUUGUGCAGUAAUUGAUUAUUAAAAAAUUGAUUACUAUUUUUCUUUGUUAUUUUGUCUUUGUCAGAAUUUAUGGAAAUAAAUAGAUUCAUUAAACCCUA